AUGAGAUUUUACUUGUCCUUCCAUGCUGUUCUUUGCAUGGUUCCCUUGUUUCUUUUUGUGAUCAAGUUCAAGAUGGCUCAGCGGUGCUUCCAAAAUGAGUAUUUUGAUGGUUUGCUUCAUACUUGCAAACCUUGCCACCUUCGAUGCUCUAAUACCCCUCCUCUAAGCUGUCAGCGUUAUUGUAAUGCAAGUAUGACUAAUUCAGCGAAAGGAGCAAAUGUGAUUCUCUGGACCUGUCUGGGCCUGUGCUUGAUAGUUUCUUUGGCCGUUUUCGUGCUAAUGUUCUUGCUAAAGAAGAUGAGUGGUGAACUAUUAAAGGACAAAUGUAAAAACACAGGACCAGCUCUCCAGGAUGUGGCUAACGUUGACCUGGACAACAGCAAGCCUAGUGUUGAAAUUGUCCUUCCGAGAAGCCUGGGGUACACCAUAGAAGAAUGCACCUGUGAAGACUGUGUCAAGAGCAAACCAAAGGUCGAUUCUGACCAUUUCUUCCCCCUGCCAACCAUGGAGGAAGGCGCAGCUAUUCUUGUCACCACAAAAACAAGUGACCACAGCAAUAGCCUGCCAGGUGCUGCAAGUGUCAUCCACCACCACCACCAGUUGCCAUAGUCAACCCCGACCCCACGUGGGUCAGAGCAGAAUGGUGCUCCAUAGGGUUUUCAAUGGCUGUGACCUUUCAGAAGUAGAUCGCUGGGCCCUUCUUUUGAGACCCCUCUCGGUGGGCAUGAACCUCCAAACUUUCGGUUAGCUGCCGAGUGCGUUAAUCAUUUGCACCACCCAGGAAUUCGGCAAGUGCACAGGGAUACAGAAAUGAAUUUCUAUGAGAUAAUUAACCAUUUUGACUGGUGUAGAGAUGUCAGAAGGAAAGGCUGAUGCAGCAGAUCUCUUUAGGAUGACUAUAGUUAUCAGUUGUGGACAUAGCUUCUCGGUCUCUCAUUCUGGAAACUCUUUAUGUCAGACAUAUUUCUCUACUUUAUUGUUGGAGUGUUUAACUGUGGACACGUCCUUGGUUUCUUGAUUAAAUUCCUGACUUGCUAAAAAAAUUACUGCAUUGUGUAGAUCCGAGUCACCCGUUUCUGUGGCUACACCACUUUUCUCCUGUACAGGCACAUAUACAUCUCAGGGCAGAUUGGAUUUUUCUCUUUAUUGUUAAAGGAAAGCAAGGUUAUCCUGUGUACUGAUGUAUACACAGACGCUCAGUCAGCCACACUAAUUCAGUGUGCAUGCACGAGUGGUUCCUGACCCUUUGAGCUUCCAAAUAAAUGUCGAAUUGCAAACUGUGAUAAAGACGUACUAGGUACUGUUUUCAGACCCAAAUGCAGAUGUGUAAUCGUAAUCAUAGCUAACACUUAUACGGAGUCCUGGAGGUGCAGUGGUUAAGAGCCCGGCUGCUAACCAAAAGGUCGGCAGUUCGAAUCCACCAACUGCUCCUUGCAAACAGUAUGGGGCAGUUCUACCUUGUCCUAUAUGGUCAUUGUGAGUUGGAAUUGACUCGAUGGCAACGAGUUUGGUUUUUUUUUAAAACGUGCCAGGCACUGUUCUAAGAGCCUACAUGCACUAGCUGAUUUAAUGCACACAACAAACUAAAAGGUUGGUGAACUAUUAUUAUACUCAUUUUACAAAUGAUGACAGAACAUGAGGUAGAGCAAGGUAACAUAGCCAGCAAGUGGCAGAGCUAGGAUUUAAACCCAGAUAGGCUGAUCUAUUCCUUUUUCCUCUUCAUAUCAAUUUAAUUCCAUUCCUGAGUCCCCCAUUUCUUUGGGUUAUAAUCUUAGUCAUUGCUGGGGAGGGUUUCCUCCCUGGGGUCUUAUGAAAAGGCAAGGCAACAGGGGAUGCCCUCUGGUCAUUUAACUUUGGUCAUUAUUAAGAUGCCCACGGACACCAUGGCACAGAUCCUCAAGAUCUUGGGGCUCUGUGACUUUCCUGCUAGGUUUGGGAUAUGGAGAACAUCGGUGGGAACUUUUUGCUUGUUUGACUCCAUUCAAGACCCUUCAGGAGACAAUAUAGUAUAGUGGUUAAGGGACUAGCUCUUGGAGGCAGACUGCCUGGGUUUGAAUCCUGGCUCUGUUACUAGGAAGCUGCAGAUCUUGGUUGACUAUUCAUAUGGUUGUUUCAAGGAUGGUUGUUAGUUGCUGUCCAGUCAGCGCCGACUCAUAGCAACCUUACAGGAAUUAAUACACAUAGGUGGUUUCAAAACCUGUCUGGUUCCUAAGCACUGUUGUUAGUUGCUAUUACUGUUACCACUGUUAUCAGUCCCUUGGAGCUCUGGUCUUUCUCUGAGGGUAAGCACACACACCUUUCCUGUUACAUGGCCUCAGAAAGUUGUCCGUAGCUUCUCACAGGCCCUCCUUCUCCUCCCACCCUCA